AUGGAGGAAACGAAAGUGAUUUAUUAUAUAGAUGACGAAGAGACGCCGUAUCUCGUCAAAAUACCUAUAUCACCAGAAAAAGUGACUUUGCUGGACUUUAAAAACCAGUUAAACAGACCAAACUACAAAUUUUUCUUCAAAUCUAUGGACGAUGACUUUGGUGUGGUUAAAGAAGAAAUUGUUGAUGAUAACGCGCAUCUUCCGUGUUUUAAUGGUCGUGUAGUGUCGUGGUUAGUUUCAGCUGAGGGUUCCAAUCCAUCUGACGGUGCAUCUCAGUGCACUGACAGUAAUGCUGGUAAAAUGAAGCAGACUCCAGGGGCUCCAGCAGCACCUAUCACUAGAGAUACUUGUACUGAUACAGAUAGCACUAUAAGCUCGAGACCUGGACACAGGGCAUCUUGUGACAAAUACAAGUACAGAGGUCUGAGAAUCAAUGGUCAUUCGAAAUACAACCAUGGUCUGGAAUACGAGACGGCCUCUGUGCUCAGCUCUGAUCUGGACUCCACUAGUCUAUUUGACAGUCAAUCUGAGAUUACAACAACUACAGGUCGACAUACAAAUGCUUCAGUAGAUCGAGCAUUGACAGAAUGUUCUAGUGUCUCUCAUCUCCAGGUUAGCUCACGGAAACGUCCUCAAAGGAGAAGGAAACGACCACAGGUUAUGUCAAGGACAUCUUCCUACUCAUCUAUAACAGAUUCCACAAUGUCCAUGCAUAUUAUAACAGUGACUUUGAAUAUGGAUACAGUGAACUUUCUGGGAAUUUCAAUUGUUGGGCAGUCAAAUAAAGGUGGAGAUGGUGGGAUUUAUGUUGGAAGUAUUAUGAAGGGUGGUGCUGUGGCUUUGGAUGGCAGAAUUGAGCCUGGUGAUAUGAUUUUACAGGUGAACGACGUAAACUUCGAAGAUAUGACCAAUGAUGAAGCGGUUCGAGUUCUACGUGAGGUCGUACAGAAGCCUGGCCCAAUUAAACUGGUGGUAGCGAAAUGCUGGGAUCCCAACCCGAAGGGCUAUUUCACCAUUCCCAGGACUGAGCCUGUGAGACCCAUAGAUCCAGGUGCGUGGGUAGCGCAUACCCAAGCCCUUCGCGAAGCAUACCCGCCACCUCCGUUAUCCACCUUGCCGGCGCCCACCAUACCCGAGCGGGCAUCUGACGCGGGCUCCAUUCCAGCGCAUGAACCACAGCUGUCCGUGGGCAUGGACAUGGCGUUGGUGGUUAGAGCUAUGCUCAGGCCGGAUUCAGGCCUCGAAAUCCGUGACCGUAUGUGGUUGAAGAUUACAAUUCCAAAUGCAUUUAUUGGAGCCGAUGUGGUGGAGUGGAUUUUGCAGCAUGUAGCUGGUAUCACCGAUCGUCGGGAUGCAAGGAAAUAUGCUUCGCAUAUGCUCAAGGCCGGCUUCAUUCGCCAUACGGUGAACAAGAUAACAUUCAGCGAGCAGUGUUACUACGUGGCGGGUGAGCUGUGCGCUGAUAUGGCGGCGCUUCGCUUGAGGCAGCCCGACGCUGACAGUCUGGCAAGUGACACGUUGGCACCGCUGCCUAACCCCAAUAUGAUGGGUCCCGGAUAUAUGGCGUAUGCUGGUUCGUACGGAUACCAACCAAUACCAUUCAAGUACAGCUCAUGCGUCACCAGCGAACACACCAUUUAUGGCUACAACCGCGAAGAAAGUGUUCUGUCUGGUAGUGGAGGCUCCAGCGCUGGGUCUGAUCAUCUCACAGCAAAAGAACCAGCUGCGAGCCGUGAGGGCGAGGCGAAGUCGUCAAGCGGGUCUGGGACGAGCGUGGUGGAGGGCGGCGGGGGCGGGGGCACGCGGCGCUCGCACUCCAGCGGAUCCGACCGGGCGCACGACAGGCCCGUGCUGUUCCUAUAA